AAGGCGGAAGAAGGCGCGGCGGGAGGAGGGAGGGCAGCGGAGGCGGCCAUGGACGACUUGGGCUGCCCGCGGUGCAAAACCACCAAGUACCGCAACCCCUCGCUGAAGCUGAUGGUGAACGUCUGCGGGCACACGCUAUGUGAGAGCUGUGUGGAGCUGCUGUUUGUGAGAGGGGCUGGGAACUGCCAUGAGUGUGACACACCCCUGAGGAAAAGCAACUUCAGGGUGCAGCUCUUUGAGGAUCCUGCUGUCGACAAGGAAGUGGAAAUCCGGAAGAAAGUGCUGAAAAUAUACAAUAAAAGAGAGGAAGACUUCCCCACUCUAGAUGAAUAUAAUGAUUUCUUGGAAGAAAUAGAAGAAAUUGUAUUUAACUUGACCAACAAUGUGGACUUGGAGAACACCAAAAAGAAAAUGGAGCUGUAUCAAAAGGAUAACAAAGAAGUCAUUCAGAAGAAUAAGUUAAAACUGACGCGGGAGCAGGAAGAGCUGGAGGAGGCUCUGGAGGUCGAGCGGCAGGAGAGCGAACAGAGGCGGCUCUUCAUGCAGAAGGAAGAGCAGCUACAGCAGAUGAUGAAAAGGAAGAAUAAACAGGCACUCCUGGAUGAUCUGGAGAGCUCUGAUCUUCCUGCCUCUCUGCUCUUAGCUCAGCAUAAGGACAGAUCUACUCAGCUAGAAAUGCAGCUGGAAAAACCCAAACCUGUCAAACCAGUCACGUUUUCCACUGGCAUCAAAAUGGGUCAGCAAAUUUCAUUAGCUCCCAUUCAAAAGUUAGAGGAAACUUUGUAUGAAUAUCAGCCUCUGCAAGUGGAGACAUAUGGACCAGAAGCUCCAGAUCCUGAAAUGUUGGGAAAGCUGGGCAUUUUUUUCUUAGUGAGUUGCUGUAAUGAAGGACACAGCUGGCAAGAAGGUUUUAGCGAAGAGCAAGAAAAAGGGUGAAUACUUAUGGGGUCAUGUAGAACAUUUGUAAGGAAUCUUUUAUAAUUUUUAAAAAAUGCUUUUUAAGAUGACUUGUAUUAUUUGCUUAUUAGACUUUUCAAAAAAUGUAAUGAGCAGACCAUAAACUUAAUUUUGCAUUUUUCCACUGCUCUUCUUAUUUGCAUAUUUUGCAAAUGAGUAAAUUUAUGUUUAAAUUGUACUUACAAAUUUGUUUUCCAUUUCCCCUGGGGAUGUAAAUUUUCUUUUUUUUUCUUAAGUACAGCAGAAAAGCAUUAACAUCCUUGUGCAUCUUUUGUUAGGGUGUUGGAAAUCUGAGAAUAAUGAAGAUUUAGGAUUUCUUUUCCCCCCCCAACACAAAUGAUUGGUAUAAUGUGUAGGGAUUUGUGUCCUUCAGUCCCCCAUGAAGGUCACUUUGGUUGUUCAGACUCGAGGACCAGCUCACGCCUGUCUCAGCUGUCAGAUGAAAACGUGACUUGGAAAAGGGGAGAGGAUGUGUGAGAGCAUCUCCCAAACAUGUGGUGCUGCCCUUGCAGGAAAAUGGGGUCUUGGAUCACUGGAACAUGCCCAUCCUGGGGGUGGCUUCUGCAGCUGCCUGUCCCUCCACGAUGACUUACAGCCCUGGGUCUGUGUGGCUUUGUCACUGCUCUGAAUUACUGAAGUGUUCAGGGACGUGCACUGGGAAAUGGUUGGUUUGUGCACGGGGCUGGGGGCACAAAGCUGAUUGUUUGGAGAGAGAUCCCUGCCUUAUCAAGGGCUCUACCGCCACUUCUGCUGUCACCACAAACUAUUAGUUUGGACUGAAGUGGGGAGUGUCACCUUUUGGUUCAAAUUAGUGCAAAUCUGUUAAAUUGCUUUUUGGGGAGAUGUGUGGCUGCAAGAGAGCACGAGGAGCACCUGGGUGCUUGGGCACUUGCUGCCAGUACUUGGAGGUUUUCUUAAAUGGGCAAAAAAGGCUUGUCUCUUAAUUUUUUUUUUCUUCCUCAUGUUUUAGCUGAAUAUGCUGAAUUUGUGUGGUUGGAGGUCUGCGUUUUUCUUACUGGAAAACAAAAGAAAUGAAAAAUAUAACAAACUGACGUUCCAAGUAGCGAAAGAAUAACACAGGAUGGGGAUGGAAAGUAGUUGUGUUGCUUUAAAAAUGUAUGUUUGAUACAUUUUGUAGUUUUGAUUUUAAAGGAAAAACAAAACAAAAAAGCCCCCGAGGAUCCAAAUGAUGUUUUUUUGGAGGUCCUGAAGAAUGUAAAGACAUUCCUGACAGUAAUUGUAAGUCUGUUUUACAGGAGUGGCCACACAGCAACCACCAAGUUUUACAGCUGGGAAGAGCCAUACACAAGCUACUUAAAAAUUGACUAUAAAUUGAAAAUCUGCUUAUGUAAUUAGCAUUUUGGGUAAAGAUAUAUAAACUUCAUGACUCAAGGUUUAGAAGCAGUCUCUAGUAAUCCAAAGUAAAUCAUACUCAACACAGUGCCAGUCAUAUCCUCACCAUUCUCAUAAAUUGAGGUAAUUUACAAGUCAGGUUAAAAAUUUCUCUUUGCAGCAGACCUUGUAAUCAAGUCAAGCCUGGUCUGCUUAAAAUAAAAUUGCGUUUGCCUACUUAGCUUUGGAAAGAUCCAAGCUGAAUAUAUAUAUGGGUGUAUAUAAAAAAAUCAGGUUUGCUCCAAAAAUAUUUUCUUUAGGGAAAAAUAUGACUUGUCUUUGAUCUAUCAACUUGUUUUCAUGUAUAAUCGCAUUGUUAGGAGCACCCUGGUUAAUGUUUUGUUUAAACAAGAUGCAGAAAAAGUUCAAUAGUGAACACUAAUCUAAUGAGGACAGGUAAUAUACUUAGAUAAAUUAAAAGUUAAAUCUAAACAGAAUGCCAUUUUAAGAGUUGAGGGGGUAAGUACUGAAGCAGAGUGGUAGUGCUGUGAAAAUCUGUACCUACAAUGAACGGUUUUAGCCCACUGUGCUUUUUCUUUUGAACAACUGGAUUGAUUCAUUCCUUUUUUCCUAGUGUAGGACAGCUCAGGCAUUUUAAAUUUCGCAUUAAGAUGAGGUUGGGUUUCAUAUCUGUUAGAGCUUUGUUAGUGUUUAAUUUUUAACCUUCACUUCAAGUGGAAAAUUUCUGCAUAUUUCUUUGUUGUACAGUGUUGUAGUGUAAUUUGAAACACAUGUAGAGUUCUGGCACUUAAUCUAGAAAUGACUCGUGUAACUUCUUUGCUGUCAGUCAUUGUGAUUUUUUUUUUUUUUUUUUUUUUAAGUGAGGCAAUAGUCAGGAUGGUCUCCAAACUAUUCUUACAGCAUAGCUGAGCUGGUCUUUGGCUGGAUUAGCUUCUGCUAGAACCCUGUCAGUGUCUGUGUAGGGUUCGAGGCAGUGAAAUAACUGAGAAUUGAUUUUGAAUGGAUGACAGAACUGCUGGGCUUUAAAAGUCCAUAGCAGGUGAUUUUUCACAUCUGCUCUGUCACUGGGGUAUGCAGAUAUUUCUUGAAUCUUGGAAAAGGAGAAAAGCCACAAAUGAAGGGCUGAUUUGAUCUGCUUUGGCCCAUUGGUUUUGAACACUGAAUUCAUUCUACUCCUUUUAAUGGAAUCUAGUCUCUCAAUAAGCUCAGUAGUCAGAGUCUAAAGAUUGAGUAAGAGCAAGGGAAGCUUGUCUUGCUUUGGAGGGAACAUAGAGGGCUGCACUCCUUGCAGGAAUUCUCUUGGCUACCAAGGCAUAUGGUCUGAAUUUCCCAGAGUCUCCUGUUGCAGGGCCUGAUCCUCAGCAGAGAGAGAUUUCUGUCUUCUGCAAAGUGUUUUGCAUUGGGUACCUAAUGAAUGAGAAUUGGCAGGUAAGGAGUGAUUUUUGCUUUAAAGACUCAGCUACAGUUUCCAUACAGCCUUUUAUUUUUUGUUCAUUUUAUUAUGAAUAAUUGAAUAAAAACCCAUGAAUGGCAAAACAAGUACUGUGUGGGUGCCCUUUUUUUUGAAUCAUGAAUAUGGCCAAGUGUGCUGUCUCUUUCAGGGCAGACAACAGAACUGCCUGUAAACCAUCUUGACCUGGUAUAGAAACUGUCUGGUAUUGCUUUAGUGUUCCACAGAAAUCCUACAGCCUUCAUUUUAGGAUUUUUGGAAGGACACAAAUUUAAUAUAGGGGAGGUAGAUUAGCACUAAUUUUUCCAGCUGAAUGGAAAUCAAGGAGUGCAGCCUUUAGUAAGUCUGAAAUCUUACUGUUUAAGGAAUCAGCUUUCUGGCAAAAAAGUCUAUGAACAUUUCAAACGACACCCUGUAGAAUAUGGUGUUUUGCAUGGAGCUCUUCUGUCAAGGUCAUUAGCAAUUGAAUAUAUUAAAAGUGGACUGCUUAUGAAAUGGAGAGUUUUGUUUCCUGUCCGCCCACCUGUGGGUACAGUGUGGGUUCUGUAACUGUAAAAGGUCUCAGGAGGGUUAUAAAAGCAGAGAAUAUGGAAAAUAUAUAAAGAAACAAAGAAGGAAACCUGCAUAUACCACGCAGUUUCUUACAUGUAAAGCUGGCUGUAGCUGCGUGUUUACCACUAAAUUAACCUCAAAAGCUGGCCCUGACAGCAGAAUGUCCAUGGUGAUUGUUUUUGUUGGCCUUUGGCUUCAAAAUUAACUCAUCGAUCUAACAUGAGUCUCUGUGCUCAGAAUACCGGUCUGGUAAUGUUUUUUUACUUUUUCAUGCAAUCAU